CAACACACACAUACACACACCCUGAGGCCUGGCCUCUUCCCUGCUUCAGAGAGCUGAUCUGUCAACACACACACACACAUACACACACCCUGUGGCCUGGCCUCUUCCCUGCUUCAGAGAGCUGAUCUGUCAACACACAAACACACACCCUGUGGCCUGGCCUCUUCCCUGCUUCAGAGAGCUGAUCUGUCAACACACACACACACACACACCCUGUGGCCUGGCCUCUUCCCUGCUUCAGAGAGCUGAUGUGUCAACACACACACACACACAUACACACACCCUGUGGCCUGGCCUCUUCCCUGCUGCAGAGAGCUGAUCUGUCAACACACAAACACACACCCUGUGGCCUGGCCUCUUCCCUGCUUCAGAGAGCUGAUCUGUCAACACACACACACACACACCCUGUGGCCUGGCCUCUUCCCUGCUUCAGAGAGCUGAUCUGUCAACACACACACACACACAUACACACACCCUGUGGCCUGGCCUCUUCCCUGCUGCAGAGAGCUGAUCUGUCAACACACACACACAUACACACACCCUGUGGCCUGGCCUCUUCCCUGCUUCAGAGAGCUGAUCUGUCAACACACAAACACACACCCUGUGGCCUGGCCUCUUCCCUGCUUCAGAGAGCUGAUCUGUCAACACACACACACACCCUGUGGCCUGGCCUCUUCCCUGCUUCAGAGAGCUGAUCUGUCAACACACACACACACACACAUACACACACCCUGUGGCCUGGCCUCUUCCCUGCUGCAGAGAGCUGAUCUGUCAACACACACACACACACACCCUGUGGCCUGGCCUCUUCCCUGCUUCAGAGAGCUGAUCUGUCAACACACACACACACAUACACACACCCUGUGGCCUGGCCUCUUCCCUGCUUCAGAGAGCUGAUCUGUCAACACACACACACACAUACACACACCCUGAGGCCUGGCCUCUUCCCUGCUUCAGAGAGCUGAUCUGUCAACACACACACACACAUACACACACCCUGUGGCCUGGCCUCUUCCCUGCUUCAGAGAGCUGAUCUGUCAACACACACACACACAUACACACACCCUUUGGCCUGGCCUCUUCCCUGCUGCAGAGAGCUGAUCUGUCAGAGGAUUUCCUCCUGCUGCUGACACCAGCCACAGGCUAGGACUGAGGACUGGCACGCAGAGCCCUGCUGAGCUCAGUUUCCUGACACCCGAACACACACACACACACACACUACUUGUACACAUAUAUGUAUGAACAAAAAGGCAUGAACCAAAAUGAUAACAAACUGGUCCUGUAUGAACCUACAUUAUAACAAACUGGUCCUGUCUGAACCUACAUUAUAACAAACUGGUCCUGUCUGAAUCUACAUGAUAACAAACUGGCCCUGUCUGAAUCUACAUGAUAACAAACUGGUCCUGUCUGAACCUACAUUAUAACAAACUGGUCCUGUAUGAACCUACAUUAUAACAAACUGGUCCUGUCUGAAUCUACAUGAUAACAAACUGAUCCUGUCUGAACCUACAUUAUAACAAACUGGUCCUGUAUGAACCUACAUUAUAACAAACGGGUCCUGUCUGAACCUACAAUAUAACAAACUGGUCCUGUCUGAAUCUACAUUAUAACAAACUGGUCCUGUCUGAACCUACAUUAUAACAAACUGGUCCUGUCUGAACCUACAUUAUAACAAACUGGUCCUGUAUGAACCUACAUUAUAACAAACGGGUCCUGUCUGAACCUACAAUAUAACAAACUGGUCCUGUCUGAAUCUACAUUAUAACAAACUGGUCCUGUCUAAACCUACAUUAUAACAAACUGGUCCUGUCUGAACCUACAUUAUAACAAACUGGUCCUGUCUGAACCUACAAUAUAACAAACUGGUCCUGUCUGAACCUACAUUAUAACAAACUGGUCCUGUCUGAACCUACAUUAUAACAAACUGGUCCUGUCUGAAUCUACAUGAUAACAAACUGGUCCUGUCUGAAUCUACAAUAUAACAAGCUGGUCCUGUCUCAACCUACAUUAUAACAAACUGGUCCUGUCUGAACCUACAUUAUAACAAACUGGUCCUGUCUGAACCUACAAUAUAACAAGCUGGUUCUGUAUGGCUCAGUUGACAGAGCAUGUCGAUUGCAACAGUAGGAUUGUGGGUUCGAUUCCCAGGUCCACCCAUACGUAGAAGUGUAUGUUGCUUUGGAAAAGUGUCUGCUAAAUGUCAUACACAUAAUAUGUUAAAACAUACAGUACACCAAGCUGUACUACUAGCUUCUACUAUCAACCCAGAUGUCCCUUUGAAGAACUACACGUUAGAUCCCUGAUAACCAAAAGGUUGUUGGUUCGAAUUCCCGAGCUGUCAAGGUGGAAAAAUCUUCCGUUUUUCCCUUGAGCAAGGCAGUUAACCCCCAACAACUGCUCCCCGAGCCCUCAUGGACGUCAACUAAGGCAGUCCUCCGCACCUCUCUGAUUCAGAGGGGUUGGGUUAAAUGCAGAAGACACAUUUCGGGUGAAUGCAUUCAGUUGUGCAACUGACUAGGUAUCCACCUUUCCCUAUACAACUGACUAGGUAUCCAUCUUUCCCUAUACAACUGACUAGGUAUCCACCUUUCCCUAUACAACUGACUAGGUAUUCCACCUUUCCCUAUACAACUGACUAGGUAUCCACCUUUCCCUAUACAACUGACUAGGUAUCCACCUUUCCCUAUACAACUGACUAGGUAUCCACCUUUCCCUAUACAACUGACUAGGUAUUCCCCUUUCCCUAUACAACUGACUAGGUAUCCACCUUUCCCUAUACAACUGACUAGGUAUUCCCCUUUCCCUAUACAACUGACUAGGUAUCCACCUUUCCCUAUACAACUGACUAGGUAUCCACCUUUCCCUAUACAACUGACUAGGUAUUCCCCUUUCCCUAUACAACUGACUAGGUAUCCCCUUUCCCUAUACAACUGACUAGGUAUCCACCUUUCCCUAUACAACUGACUAGGUAUCCCCUUUCCCUAUACAACUGACUAGGUAUCCCCUUUCCCUAUACAACUGACUAGGUAUUCCCCUUUCCCUAUACAACUGACUAGGUAUUCCCCUUUCCCUAUACAACUGACUAGGUAUCCCCUUUCCCUAUACAACUGACUAGGUAUCCACCUUUCCCUAUACAACUGACUAGGUAUCCCCUUUCCCUAUACAACUGACUAGGUAUUCCCCUUUCCCUAUACAACUGACUAGGUAUUCCCCUUUCCCUAUACAACUGACUAGGUAUUCCCCUUUCCCUAUACAACUGACUAGGUAUUCCCCUUUCCCUAUACAACUGACUAGGUAUCCCCUUUCCCUAUACAACUGACUAGGUAUCCACCUUUCCCUAUACAACUGACUAGGUAUUCCCCUUUCCCUAUACAACUGACUAGGUAUUCCCCUUUCCCUAUACAACUGACUAGGUAUUCCCCUUUCCCUAUACAACUGACUAGGUAUUCCCCUUUCCCUUACUAGGCCCAAUGCUCUUAACCGUUAGGUUACCUGCCGCCCAAGUAAAAGAGGAACUGAUGAAGGAUGCAACUUCUAUAGAAGCACCUCUAUCUACAGUAUCUCUGUGAGGCAAUGCUCUGUCUGGCCCCAAGGGCCUGGCUGUCUCCGGUCUACUGAUUAGUAGAUUAGUUGGAAGAUCGUUGCUGAAUUGUGGUCAUAAUGUGUUACUAUACGCUUCAUAUAACUGACUGUUACUGCCGGUCCUGAAUACAGUAUGACAUGUUCAAAGAUUUCAAUUUGAACAUACAUUUGUUAUGUUUUUGAGAGACCAGAGAGUAUCUGUGAUGGUUUAUAGUAUCUGUGAUGGUUUAUAGUAUCUGUGAUGGUUUAUAGUAUCUGUGAUGGUUUAUAGUAUCUGUGAUGGUUUAUAGUAUCUGUGAUGGUUUAUAGUAUCUGUGAUGGUUUAUAGUAUCUGUGAUGGUUUAUAGUAUCUGUGAUGGUUUAUAGUAUCUGUGAUGGUUUAUAGUAUCUGUGAUGGUUUAUAGUAUCUGUGAUGGUUUAUAGUAUCUGUGAUGGUUUAUAGUAUCUGUGAUGGUUUAUAGUAUCUGUGAUGGUUUAUAGUAUCUGUGAUGGUUUAUAGUAUCUGUGAUGGUUUAUAGUGUGAAAGAGGUUUGUAUUGAAUGUAUGAAAACAUCAACGUGGGAUAAAUGUGUGUUAGAUGCAACACUCUUCCUUAUACCACCAUGUGGGUUGGCUCCCACACAACACCCACUUCCUGUAGAACGAGGACCUGUCAGAUAGAGCCUCCCCUCAUCAGUACAAUCCCCCUCCACCCCAGACCACAAUGCUAUGCUGACAGACACUCACAAACACCUUACCACUCUCAGACAUAGAGCUUGGGGCAGCGAUGGGGUAGAUCAGACACACCUGUCUGUGGAUGGGACACACCUGCCACCUGUCUGUGGAUGUCAUGGAUCUCCAUCUCACCCCGAGGGUAGUCUGUGUCUGGCUCUGGAUCAUAGCAGGCUGGGUGAACGUACUGGGGCAUGGGAUUAUAGAUGAGGCUGUCCCUCACCUGUCAAAGAAAGAUGUGUUGUUGUUGGCUGGUGAUGCAGAUCCAAAGUGUUUUACCAGGACACAGUAUGACUUCACCUGUUUCUGGGAGACACCAGGCAACACGGCUUAUGACUUCUUCUACAGGAAUGAUAAUGAGGAAAAGGAGAAGCGGUGUAAACUGACUCUCCAGAGGACAGAGAAGGGGGAGGAAGAGGAGGAGGAGGGGAAGGUUCUCCACAUCUGCUUCUUCCCUUGCUCUGACGUCUUCCUGUUCACGCUCACACACAUCAGAGUGGUGGAGAGCAGCUCCAACUACACACUUUUCACACGCACCAUCAGCGUUGAGGACCAGGGACUCCUGGAACCCCCUGUGAAUGUAUCCCUUCACCAAACAGGGCAAGCUGGGCAGUUGCAGGUGUCUUGGCAUGCACCAAGAGAUUGGGAGAACAAUGUGCAUUAUGGGAUGCAUUACUCCUCCCAGGGACUAGGGGAGAGGACAGAACUGAUAAAGUACACGAGGUCCCCCAUUCACAGCCUGGUUUCUCUGCUGCCAGGAGAGGUGGUCAGCGUCCAGCUGAGGGUCAAACCCAAUGGCUACAGUGAGACAGAGACCAGCGGUCACUGGAGCGACUGGUCGGUCCCCAUCACUGCCAUGGUACCUCAGAGCGCAGCUGAUAUCUCAUUGUUGUGUCAUACCUCUGACCUGCAAAACAUCACCUGCCAAUGGAAUGGGCAGUCCUAUAGAGAUGCUACCUACACCUUAAACUACAAGCUGGGACCCAGUAAAAGGGAGGGUUGGAGAAAGUGUCUGCAGAAUGAGAACACCUCCUACCACUGCCGUUUCCAUGGAGCGGAGUCCAGCGAGAUACUGGUUAAACUCAGUACUGGUCCUGGUUCUCUCAAACGGACCUUCUACACUGAACCCUUCAGACUCAACAACAGCAUUCAAACAGGCCCUCCAGGGAGGCUGAGGGGGAAGUGGGAGGGGGGCAGGCUGCGUCUGAGAUGGGGCACACCCCUACUGGCUCUGUCUCUCCACCUGAUGUACCAGCUCCGCUACCAGCCUCAAGGGGAGGCCAUCUGGAAGGUACAGAGCCUACCUACAGAGCCCACCUGUUCUGUGCUGGUGACCCUGCAGGUUUCUGAGAACAGUAUUUGUCUGGACGUUCAGACUGGCAGUCAGUACUUUAUCCAGGUCAGAGCCAGGCCCAACGGGUCAGUCUACGCUGGCUACUGGAGCGACUGGUCACCCCCACUUACUGUGGACACACCUUCAGAUAUAGCAGGGGCCCUCUUCAUCAUCUGCAUUCCUCUCAUGAUGCUCAUCCUAUCAGUUGUGUUCCUCUCAAUGAUCUCCAGGUAUCUCAGUAAGCUCAAACGGUAUCUGUGGCCACCAAUCCCAAAACUUGACAAAGUACUGCACGGCUUCCUGACAGACAUCAACGGCCAGACUUGGGACCCUCCCUUCAUCAUCAAGCAAUAUUCUGAGGAGACCCCAGCCUCUGUGGUGGAGAUUAUGUCUGAGAUGGAGGCUCCAGAUGGAGGGAAGCUUCCCAGGGAGUCCUCCUUACUACUCUCCCCAGAACGAGGCUCCGCUGGCGGGGAGGAGGAAAGGCUCCCCACCCUGGCCCUGGAGCUCAGCCAAGACUACGUGACCCUGGCCACAGAUGACGUCAUCCCCUGUCUCCGAGGGAACAAGCAUGUGUAUGAUGGGGAGGUGGGGGCAGAGUCUCGAGGCCUGGGGGAAGAUGAGGUUCUCCAGAUGAGGUGUCACUGCUCCUCCAACUUCCCAUCAUCCUCCAGUACCACGGACAUCCUCAACCGCUCCUACAUGCUGCUGGCCGAACAGCCUAUAGAGAGACUGGACUGUCAGGACAGCAGCAGGGCCUGCAAGCUCUAUGCCAACCUGAAGGGAACAAACUCAGCUAAUGCAAACACCUGAUUGGCACAGCUCAACAAGGGCACACAAACUGGACAGUUACAAAACAUCAAAACAAUAUCCAUUACAUCACUACCAAAACAUGUCCUUGCAUACAGCUUAUUAAAGAUGUAUUUUAUGACUAAUGGGUUAAUACAUCAAGUGCACCCAAAUGUGGAUGAACGGAUAUGGAUUGUUAUGUUGCACGAUCAUACUAUAUACUGUAAAUAUAUAUAUUUAACUUGUCACAUGUCUGUCUGUAAGGUAUAUACUGUACAGUGCAUUCAGAAUGUAUUUAGACCCCUUGAUCUUUCCACAUUUUGUUACGUUUCAGACUUAUUCUAAAAUGGAUUACAACUUCUUCAGGAUCGGUGUUGAGCUAACGUAGGUUAAAAGGUUGUAAGAAACAAACAAAAAAAUCCCAGGACAUAGACAUGUCUGAUAUGGGCGAAGUUUAAAUUCUUGUUAAUCUAACAGCACUGUCCAAUUUACAGUAGCUAUUCGGGUGAAAAAAAUACCAUGCUAUUGUUUGAGGAUACAAUUAUGAAAAUGUAUGAAUAAACCAAUUAGGCACAUUUGGGCAGUCUUGAUACAACAUUUUGAAUAGAUAUGCAAUAUUUCACUGGAUCACUCUAAAACUUUGCAUUUACCGUGCUGCCAUCUAGUGGCCAAAGUCUAAAUAACACCUGGUCUGGAAUAAUACAUUAUUAUGCCCUUCCUCUUGCAUUUAAAAAUAUCUAUUACCAGAUCUCAUGUAUUAUAUUCUCCUACAUUCAUUUCACAUUUCCACAAACUUCAGUGUUUCCUUUCAAAUGGUAUCACGAAUGUGCAUAUCCUUGCUUCAGGGCCUGAGCUACAGGCAGUUAGAUUUUAGUAUGUAAUUUUAGGCAAAAAUGUAGGUUUUUAAAUAAUAAAAAUAUCCUCAAUUUACAAUCCGUACCCAAUAAUGACAAAGCAAAAACAGGUUUUUAGAAAUGUUUGCAAAUGUAUUAAAAUAAAAAAACUGAAAUAUCA